CGGCCAUCGACUCGUCGAGCCUGUCCACCCCCCCUUCCCGAGCGGCUGUUCGCGUCCGGGGUGAUGGCAGCGAUUAGUCAGGCCUGGGUGCAGCAUGGCGGCCACGGCGACUACUAACCCAUCGCAGCUCCUGCCGCUCGAACUUGUGGACAAAUGCAUAGGUUCACGCAUUCAUAUUGUGAUGAAGAGUGAUAAAGAAAUUGUUGGAACGCUUCUAGGAUUUGAUGACUUUGUCAAUAUGGUGUUAGAAGAUGUUACAGAAUUUGAGAUUACACCUGAGGGCAGAAGAAUCACAAAGCUAGAUCAGAUUUUGCUAAAUGGAAAUAACAUAACGAUGCUGGUUCCUGGAGGAGAAGGACCUGAAGUAUAAAUUGAUACAAUUCUCAUCUACGAAGACACAUUUUUUUUAUAUGAUUAUUAUCUAAACAGAACAUUUGGGAUAUGAAUGGGUUUUGGUCUGGGUUGGUUGUUUGGUUUCGGUUGGUUGGUUGUUUUGGUUUGUUUUUUUUUUAACAUAUUCUUGCAGUUGAUAUUUGAUAAAAGACAAGAAUUUCCCCUUCGUGAAAGGUGUAUGUCUAAUGAUAAUGCUGACUUUGUAAGUUGGAAUCAUGACUUUCUUGUAAAGAUGCGCUAAUUGGUUCUGAAUAAAAAGCUUUCUUUUUGUUA